AUGUCUGUUCCAGCUGAUGAAACUGUGGAGGACCUGCCUGUGAGAGAUGUAGGUCUAACUCUAGCUGGAAUUGGAGGAUUACAAGAAUUCUCAACUACACAGAAUGUAAAAGCUCGACAAGCUGUAUCAAGAAUCAGUCGAAAGGAACUGGAAGACAGAUUUCUUCGUUUACGUGAUGAGAACAUCUUACUCAAACAGCAUGCAAAUAAGCAAGAGGAAAAAAUGAAAAGAAUGUCCACCAGGAUAAUACGGCUUGUUAAUGAUAAAAAAAGGUCUGAACAGGUUGGUGGCGGCCCCAAGCGGCUCGGUCAGGCUGUGGAGCUGGAAGAAAUGAUUGAGCAUUUGCAAGAGAGAGUUCGUGAGCUUGAGAAACAAAACGAGAACCUCCGCAGCAAACUCAUUUCAACUAAACAGCAGCUCCAGAUUCAAGGCCAUAGGCCUUGUCUAUACAGCAAUGUUCAAUCUCGUAUUAACACUGGUCUCAAAAAAGGGAGUGAGGCUGCUGGGAUGCCAGAGCAUGCAAAGAAAGGAAUGAGAUUUCAGGAUUUAGAAGUGAGAUCACCUAGCCUGGUGCCCCCAAUAUAUGAACAGAGUCUGCUUGAGGAUCCAAGGGCUGAAAUAAGAAAUUUGGAGACUGUGAUUGAGUCCCAAAGGGAGCGUAUUGAGGAACUAGAACAUGCCAGAGAGAUACUUGAGAGUCAACUAAGAAAGAAAGAAAAGGAAAUUGAAGAAUCCAUCCUACGGCUGAAAGAACAAGAAACAACAAGCCAAAGGCUAAACAUUCGGGACAAUGUCGAAAUGAUCAAGGUCCGUAAGCAGCUGGUUGAGAAAAGCAAUGCUCUUUCAGCAGUGGAAGGAAAAUUUCUCCAGCUUCAAGAGGACCAAAAGAACUUGAAGACCAACCAUGAUGCUUUAAUAGCAAAAGGUGAUGAACUGAAUCUACAGCUUAAAGAGGAGCGGUUAAAGUGCCUCCAUCUUGAAAAAGAAUUGCAAUCAGUAACUAUUUCAAACCGAAGGACGGAGGAGUUACAGGAAAGAAUAAACGAUCUAGAAGAAGAGAAGGAACUCUUGAGGGAAAACUAUGAUAAGCUGUACAACAGUGUCUUCAGUAUGACCCAUGAACAGCAAUGGAAAUUAAAGGAACAGCAACUGAAACUGCAAAUUGCUGAACUACAGACUGCAAUGAAAUCUGAUUUAGCAGAGAAAAAUGAAAUCCUUGACAAGAUCAAAGUAGAAAGAGACCAAAAGGAAAAGCUGAUGCAAGAGAACAAAGACCUGCAGUUAUGCUACCUGGAACAUAAGCAACAGCUAGAUGAACUGAAAAAUCACGUGAAGUUUUUGACCAAGGAAAGUGAUAUUGAAGUGGCAGAACUCAGUGAAGCCCUCUUGUUGCUCCAGGUUCAAAAGCAGCAGAAGAAUGGGGACCUUACGUUUUUGGGAAAAGUAGAAGAUGAUAUCCAUAAUGAUUUAGAACACUCCAUGCGGGAGCUGCAGUUAACACAUGCGGAAACAGUGCAAGAACUUGAAAAGACAAGAAAAAUGUUAAUUGUGCAGCACAAAAUUAACAAAGAUUACCAGACUGAAGUAGAAAUAGUGACACAAAAGAUGGAAAAUCUACAGAAAGACUAUGAGUUAAAACUGGAACAGUAUGUCCAUCUCCUUGACAUUAGAGCUGCACGCAUUAGAAAACUAGAAGCUCAACUAAAAGAUAUGGUCUAUGGUACAAAACCACAUAAAUCCAAACCAGAAAUACUACCAAGUGAUCAAGUGGAUGAAUUUGAUGAAACUUUACAUUUAGAAAAAGGAGAGAACCUUUUUGAAAUUCAUAUCAGCAAAGUGAUCUUCUCCUCUGGAGCUAUUCAUGCUUUUGGUGACAAUGAACCUGCAACUUUUUGUACUUAUGCAUUCUAUGACUUUGAACUUCAAGCAACCCCAGUAGUUUAUGGGCAUACCCCAUCAUAUGACUUCACUUCUAAGUAUCUUGUGCAGGCCGAUGACUGCUUCUUGGACUAUAUACAGCGAAACAGUAUCACACUUGAGGUUCAUCGUGCAUAUGGCAUAGAUUAUGAAACAGUUGCUGCCUGUGAAAUGAAGUUCCAUGAAAUCUUCGAAAACAAUGGGAAGAUCUUCCGCACAGCAAAUUUAGUUGGAAUCAAAGGAAACAUUCAAAAUUAUGGUACCAUAGAAUACUGGAUCAGGUUACGAGUUCCUAUGGAUCAAGCUAUUAGACUCUACAAAGAGAGGUCAAAGGCUCUGGGGUAUACAACAUCCGAUUUUAGGGAACGUGAACAACCAUCCCAGCAGCAGAUACUCAGAACUGCCCAAGUCAGCACUUCAACAGAUGGCAAUUUAAAUGAACUCCACAUUACAAUAAAAUGUUGUAACAAUCUACAAUCCCAAAAAAAUCAUCUUCAGCCAAAUUCUUAUGUUGUCUACAAGUUCUUUGAUUUUGCAGAACAUGAUACUCCCAUCAUUCCUAGCAGCAACGACCCACAAAUACAUGACCAUAUGUGUUUCCAAGUGCUAAUGAAUGCAGAUUUAGACCAAUACCUAAAAUCAGAAUCCUUAACUUUUUAUGUAUUUGAUGAUGGUGAAACGGAAGAAGCUGCUUAUAUAGGGAAAGCCAAUGUGCCUCUUGCUUCUUUAGCACAUGACAGAUCUAUCUCAGGUACUUUUGAACUAACAAAUUCUGAAAGACGUGCUACUGGUACCAUCACAGCUGAAUUAAAAUGGAAAUGUGUCUACCUACCACCGAGUGGAUCAACAAUGGCUGCAGACUUAGUGAAUUACAUUCAAAAUGAGAAAUCAAUGGCAACUAAAUUACUAAAACCAACGCCCAAACCAAGGCAGCGUGCAGCUCAGACAGACAAGAAAAUGCAUUUUCAGAAUAUUAAUCCACAUGUUUCAGAGCUUAAACAAGAAAGGCUAGCGGAUGAUAAGGUGAAGGAGAUGGCUGAAGAAAUUCGACAGGAAAAAGAAGAACUCUUAGAUGUGUUAAAGGGCCAGUUGGCUGACCAAAGGUCAGUAACCUCUGGAGAUGAGACACUGAUAACUGAAGAAUUGAAACCAGAAGCCAUUGAAUCAAUUGUAACUGACAGCGAUGACUGUAUUGUUUCAAGUCCAGUAUCUAAAAAGAUUAAAUGGGUGACUGAAAAAAUACGGAUUGAAAUUAUAUCGCUCGGUCUUACUGAGUCACGAAUUACAUCAGAUGAAAAAAUACAGCAGCUGUUUGUAGAAUGUAAAUUACACAAUUUCCUUGCAGAGGAGACCCCACUGUCACUUCCAAAACCAACAAGUGGUCAGAGGGUUUACUAUAACUAUAGCAAAGUGAUACCUGUGGAUAAGGCAUAUAAUUGUGCAAGAAGAGAGUAUCUCAAGUCUAUGCUUCUAAAGCCAGGUCUACAUACUGACAGCCUACAAUUUUCAGUGAUCAGUGAUCCCCCAGCAGAUGAACAGAAUCUUGAAUGUGAAGAUAUCGGUUUUGCUUGUGUCAAUUUGAGAGAGAUAUUCCAGAAGCAAAGAGAUAUUAUUGAGCAAGAUAUUGAUGUUUUCGAUUCACAAGAUGAUAGUGCAGUAAUUGGAAAGCUCAAAGUAACAGUGGAAGCCCUCCAUGCGCUGCGUUCAGUCUAUGAGGAAUGCAGAGAUGACUAGGAGGCAUGAAAGGGAAGUUUGCCUACAGAAGUUUCUUCUCCCACUGUAAAUACAAGCUUGAUAGUGCUUCAAAGAUGAGAUCUUUGUAAUUUUUACAGUAUAUUUAAUGUAUAAUUUAUAUGAAAAGGACGCGUGAUUUGCAGUUGUAAAGUUUUGUAUACUUU